CCGUGUUUCAGGUGAACGAUGUCGAGCCCGCUGCGCUCCAUCGAUGCCGUCUACCCGGAGCCCCUGUCACGGAUGCACCGGCUCGAGACACACCCAAACGCCUAUCGCAGAGCGGUCAAAAAGAAAAUGAACCGCACGGGCCGCUUCCGUACACAGCCAGUUACCUUCGAUGAAAUUAAGGAGGUGGACGAGGAGACCGUUGACGAGGAGUCGGCCGUGUCAAAGGCCAACCGGACCGCCGGCGCCACGGCCCAGUCGGAGCAGGACCUCAGCCGGCCGCUGGGCGCCGCCGCCGCCAGCGCUCCGAUGGCUGUGCCGGCGGGGCCGCGCAGUCGCGCCCCUGUCGAGAGCGAUUCGCCGCCUGACGGAGACGCCGAGGACACCUUCCCCGGCUACUCGCUGUCACCGCGUCACGGCCGGCCCCGCGGCCGACCCCGCAAGUCGAUAUGACGCGUCGGCCGCAUGCUCCCGCCUGUGAUAGACGCUGCCGUCACCGUCGGUCUCGACGGUCCCGUGCCGCCGCCGACGUGGGCGACCCACUUCGCGACGGGCCCAAGGAAAACACGGUACCUCCGACCGCGCAGCCGCCGCCGCCGCCGACGCUCGGGGCUGUAUUUUUAGUCGUGCAAUGUGGCCGAGAGGUGGUGAGCGGAGGACGAGGGGAGGGCUGCCCGGAGGUGGCCGAGCUAGUUCACAGCGCGGCCGCUAGGUGGCGGGGCAGGUCAUGGUCGCCAGGUGGCGCUCAGGUCACCGAGGUGAAAUGGAUUUCGGCGGAAGGGACGUCGUGUGGAAACCUGUGACGGCUGCCGACGCCGGUGCAGCACUAACACUAGCGCGGCCGGCGAACAAGUGCGUCGAAGUGCCUGUUUUAUCGUAGUGUCGGUGGUUAACAGAAUCUAAAGGCGCUGAGCUGUCCCCUGUGGUGCUGUGCGAGGGUUUGCGGAGACGCGUGACCAUUUCUCUGUGAAGUCAGGUGAAUGUACUACCGCAUGUGCUGUCCUAAAUGCAGGUGUCGCUUUAGUUUUGUCGCUGGCACUCAUGGCAUUGCGAAGUUUCUCUUGGUCUUCGUAAGCGCAGUGAGCUUGUUUUUGUCCAAAAACGAAACGCAAAAGAGUGAACCCAUGUUUGGCGUCACCAGCAGCCACAGCAGCCAGUGGACAUUUCACUUUUCAGCCUGACGUAACUAUAGGUUAAUAUCUAUCUGUCCCAAUGGGAUAUUUAUCGAACAGACAACAGAACAUCCACUUCCACGAGGCGUGAACUUUGGAUGACGAUGAAUCGGUGUGAAACCGCUGACCAAAUGUCGGGUCGGGGCUCUGUGCGCUCUCUGUGAGGUGGCACUGAUAGAGGGCCUUGAAAGGUGGAACCGUUCUGGGAGUCGAUGUUGCGCCCCAAAUCUCUGCUGAACCGGAGGUGACUAACUAGCUCGGCCGUCUACCGCUCGGCCGUCUACCGAGCUACCGACAGUCCCAGUCAGUCCGUGGUCCAUCCGUCUGAGAUCAAAUUACCAACAGAUAGAAUAACCGAGAAAGGGACCUUGACUCGACAGCGGAACCCGAGGGCGAAAUCCGCUCCCGGGAGGUGUGCCAACUUGUCUUGUGCGCGAGCAUGUUGUGUGUAAGAGCGAGUAGCGUGCACUUUGACGUCGUGUGCGGGUCGCUGUGAAAAGCGGCGACCAGGGGCGGCUGGUGAGUGAGCUGGUGAGCUGUACCCGUGCAGCAUCUGGUUGGUCGGUCGGUCUGAAAUGUGCAAUGUGAGGCGUGGCGAAUAAAUGCUUGUGAAGUGGUUUAA